AUGUCCAAGGGGGUCGAAGCCAUCAACAAGUCAAUCAAGAAGCUUCAGAGGUCCCAAGAUGCAACCUCGGAAGAGGUCGGCAACCUGCGACACGAGGUGGAACAUCAGCGGAGCAUUCAGCUCAGAACCACACGUGAACAUGACCUGGCCAACCGCAUUCGAGAUCAACAGGGGUACCUAAACAGCCUACAGCUGCGCCUUCUGGCUCUCCCAGCCAAAGACAGGAAAUCCGAAGACAACCAGAGGAUGAUUGAAGAGGCAAAAGUAAAGCUCGACCAUCUCCAGGAGCAAGAGAAAGCGCUCUCUCAGGCCGGUCUCCUCCUGAUCGAGGACAUCCCGGGGAAGCGAGCUUCGCCAUCGCAAAUAGAUGAGGAUCGAACCAAUGAAAGACGAAGGACCCCAUUGUGUCAUAUUUAA